CCCUGCAGAGAGCACACGGGACAGGGUGACGGGCGUGUGUGGACAUCGAGCAGCGCUUGGGAGAUGUUACUGGGUCCAGGGUGAAAAGCACUGGCCCUCCCCCUCCGCGGACUGGGAUAGUAGGCAGUGACAGAAGCCCCCCUUUCCACCCCUGCAAGACCGACAGCAGUCCCAAGGCAAGCAGAUGUCCAUUGAGAGCGCCAUCCAGUCUGCACUCUCUCUGAGCAGGCAACCCUCGCCAUGGCGUAUCCCAUGAGCCUCAGCAAUGCCAGUGGCCAGCAGUGCACACAGGAGAGCCGUGAGGAGAAUCUCUUCUUCUCGUCUUUCUACGGGGUGGUCUUUGUGCUGGCUUUCGUCGGCAAUAUCCUGGCCGUGUGGGUUUUCUCCUGCGACAAGAGCUCCAACACCACCACCAACAUCUACCUAAUGCACCUGGCGGUGGCUGACCUCUCCUACGUCCUUAUCCUGCCCAUGAGGAUGGUCUACCACCUCAGCCAGAACCACUGGCCCUUCGGCGAGGUGCCCUGCCGCAUCACCGGCUUCCUCUUCUAUCUGAACAUGUACGCCAGCAUCAUCUUCCUGACUGGCAUCAGCGCAGACCGCUUCCUGGCCAUUGUCUACCCGGUGAGGUCCAUGCGCGUCAGGAAGCCCCUCUACGCCAACGUGGUCUGCAUCGCCCUGUGGGUGGUCAUCGUGGUGGGCGUGGCGCCGAUGCUGGGCGCACCACAAACCCUUCAGGCGGGCAACGCCACCACCAAGUGCCUCCAGCUGUACCGGGAGAAGACCUCCAGUUUUGCCCUGGUGCCCCUGACGGUGGGCUUCGUGGUGCCCUUUGUGAUCACGGUGACCUGCUACUUACUGAUCAUCCGCAGCCUCCGCAGGGGUAACCGCAUCGAGAAGCACCUCAAAGACAAGGCCAUCAAGAUGAUCAUCCUGGUGCUCACCAUCUUCCUCAUCUGUUUUGUGCCCUACCACAUCAAUCGGUACGUCUACAUCCUGUUUGCCAGCACCGCCCGCUCCAGCUGCCAGGACAGGAGGCUCAUCGCCCUCAGUAAUCGCAUCACUUCCUGUCUGACCAGCCUCAAUAGCUGCCUCGAUCCCGUAGUCUACUUUUUUGUAGGGGAGAAGUUCCAGGAGCGGUUCUGUCACUUUGUCUGUGGCCACAGGAAGCGAGCACAGUCUGUAAGCCAUGAGACCAAAACAAACGAGAGCUCGCUCAGCUGUAAGUCUGAGCUGUGAGCUCAUCGAGAACCAACCAUUUCACUGCAACUCAUUGCUCUAUAUAGGCGCUGGUCCGUGUGAGUGACUGUGUGCGGGUGUGUGUGUGUGUCUGAGUGAGUUAGUGUGUGCGUCUGCCUUAGUAUUUGAGUGAGUGUGAGUGUGAGAGUGUGAUCGUAUAUGUGAGUGUGAAUAUGUGUGUGAGUGGAUGUGAGAGUGUUUGAGUGUGUGUGUGAAUGUGAGUGUGACUCUGUGUAUGUGUGAGUGCAAGUGUGAGUCCGUAAUAUUGUCUGCGCAAGUGUGUGUGUUGUAUGUGAGGCAGUGUGAGUGUGUGAGUGAGUGUGUGACUGGAUGUGAGUGUGAGUGCCCAUCUUUUUGUGUAUCUGCUGAGUUGCCACAAUUGACCUCAGCUACAGUACUCCAGUGAGAUCUCAGCCAGUGCAGGCCAGUGAGAUUUCAGCCAGUUCAAGCCAGUGAGAUCGCAGCCAGUGCAGGCCAGUGAGAUCUCAGCCAGUGCAGGCCAGUGAGAUCUCUGCCAGUUCAAGCCAGUGAGAUCGUAGCCAGUUCAAGCCAGUGAAAUCUCAGCCAGUGCAGGCCAGUGAGAUCUCAGCCAGUUCAAGACAGUGAGAUCUCAGCCAGUGCAGGCCAGCGAGACCUCAGCCAGUGCAGGCCAGCGAGACCUCAGCCAGUGCAGGCCAGCGAGACCUCAGCCAGUGCAGGCCAGUGAGACCUCAGCCAGUUCAAGCCAGUGAGACCUCAGCCAGUUCAAGCCAGUGAGAUCUCAGCCAGUUCAAGCCAGUGAAAUCUCAGCCAGUGCAUGCCAGUGAAAUCUCAGCUACAUUAUAUGCCAGUGAGACCUCAGCCAGUGCAGCUCUGUGUAACCUCAGCCAGUGGGAUCUCAACCACUGCAGCCUAGUGAGACCUCAGCCAGUGUAUGCCGUGUUGAUGACCUUUCCAUUGGAACCCAUCACAGACUGUGUCUCUGUCACCACCCCAACGCCUUCCUCUGACUCACUCACACUGUCUCGCUCUCUCCCAUACACACACAACAUGCACACAUACACAGACAGACAGAAAGACACACACACACACCCUUUCAGCGAAACAGACACACCAUUCAAGGAGCCUUUAGCACCAUUUAACCCUCCAGCAAUGGUCUCCUAAACUCCGGCACAACAGACCCACAUCCCCCAUUCCCUCCUGCAGCAGCGAUAGCAGCAGGCACAGUCACAGUCAUCACAGUGCUCUGACAGGCUGGUCAGCUCAUUGUGCUGGUAUUUAGUGGAGCUGUCGAUUAUCCUGCUCUUCCUCCCCAUAUUGUUUUAUAAUCUUACCUUUCGCACAUAGAGUCAUAGAGAUGUACAGCAUAGAAAUAGACCCUUCACUCCAACCCGUCCAUGCCGACCAGAUAUCCC